AUGCCCACGAUCAAUCCACAUACCAAGUCCCGGCUUGGUCGCUACCGCUUGCUUGCCCCAACAGCCGGCGUCAAAGUAAGCCCAUUGUGCCUAGGCACCAUGAACUUUGGGAACGCAUGGAAGGAAACUCUGGGUGAAUGUACCAAAGAUACGACGUUCUCAGUCCUGGACGCAUUCUAUAAAAACGGAGGAAACUUUAUUGAUACGGCAAACAACUACCAAGAUGAGGUUUCCGAAAUAUGGCUGGGUGAAUGGAUGGAGACUCGAGGAGUGCGCGAUCAGAUUGUGCUGGCAACAAAGUAUUCGUCGGCCCAUCGCCUAUACAACCAGUCAAAGAUCCAGGCCAACUUCGUUGGCAAUAACACCAAGAGCUUGAGGGUUUCCGAGGAAGCAAGCUUGCGAAAGUUACGCACAGACUAUAUUGACCUGUUUUACGUCCAUUGGUGGGACUUUGGGACUUCCAUCGAAGAGGUAAUGACCUCACUCAAUCAGCUUGUCCUUGCGGGAAAAGUACUCUACCUGGGUAUCAGCGACACUCCUGCCUGGGUCGUCAGCAGGGCAAAUCAGUAUGCCCGCGAUCACGGAAUGCGAACUUUUUCUGUCUACCAAGGACAGUGGAACGCAGCGAAGCGUGAUUUUGAGCGCGAUAUAAUCCCAAUGUGUCAUGCCGAAGGGAUGGGCAUAUGUCCCUGGGGUGCACUCGGGAGUGGUAGCUUCAAAUCUGCCUCGGAACGCGAGCAAUUAUCAAAGUCGCAGAGCAAUACGGGUCGGAAAUGUCAACCACGUCCGAUCGAAGUCCAGGUAUCACACAUUCUGGAAGAUAUUGCAGCCCGGCAUUCCACAGUGGUCACGAGCGUGGCACUAGCAUAUGUGAUGCACAAGGUCCGAUAUGUUUAUCCAAUUGUUGGAGGACGACUGGUUGAUCAACUUCUUGCUAACAUAGACGCUUUGGGGUUGGUUCUUUCAGAAAAAGAUAUGCGAGACAUUGAAUCUGGUUAUGAAUUCGACCCAUGA